AUGCUCGUCUCAUUGACCGUCGGCAAGGUCGACGCCGGCGUCACGGUGCUUUUGACGCCGGAUAAGCGUCUGAUCGAGUUCCCGUCUAUCCUACUCCCUCCCAACAUCUCCUCCGGCAGCAUCGUCGACAUCACCGUCGCCCGCAACCUAGGCUCAGAGGCCAAGACCGAACAUGCCUUCCGCGAGCUCCAGGACCGCAUCUACUCGUCCUUUGGCGCCAGCUCGCCCACGACACCCGUCCUGCGCUGCCGCAACGCAACCCAGACCUCUGUUGUCCUCGAAUGGGACCCCAUCGAGCUCGCCACUGCCGAUAUCCUCUCCCUCUCCCUCCACCGAAACGGCCAAAAGGCUGGCAACAUUCCCCGGCCUCUGCAAAUGCAUAGCACAAAGAUUAGCGGUCUUGCCGUCGACACAGACUAUACCUUCCACCUCGUCCUGCGUACCACCGCCGGCACCCUCAGCUCCGAAAAGGUCACUGUGCGCACCCAUAAGAUGACGGACCUCAGCGGCAUCACCAUCACCACGGGCAUCAUGCCCCCUGCCACUAGAGAGGCGCUGUCCGCGGCGGUCGACCGCAUCGGCGCCAAGAUUGUCGACAGCGUCCGCAUCGACACGACGCAUUUUGUCACCACCGAGGGCCGCGGCCUGGCGUGGGAGAAGGCUGUCGAGACCAACAUUCCCGUCGUGCGCCCCGAGUGGGUUGAGGCUUGCGAGAAGAACGGACGCAUCCUGGGCGUGACGAAGUUCUACCUCGACGCACUCAGGCCCGGACCCUCGAGCGACGAACUCCAGCAGACACCUCAGCCGCAGCAGACACCACCGGCGCAGAAGGAGUUGCCGACACCCCCGGCCGCUAGCACGCCCGAGGGCAACGGCGACGCUGCGGCCGCCAAGUCGCCCGAAGCCGAGAACCCCCUCAGCAAGGCGGAGGAAGAGCCGGCUACCGGGGACGAAGAGAAGGAGGCGGAGCAGAAGCGGAUCGUGGACCAAGAGGAGCAAAAGGUGCGGCUGGAGGACAAGGACGAGCAGAACCUCGCGCACCGGCCAAAGGAGGAGUCGGACGACGACAGUGAGGACGGCAAGGGAGACGAGGACAAUCCGACAAAGGGGGAGAAGCCGGGCGUCUCUCCUGACGGGGCAUCUUUCCAGGAUGUAGCCUUGUAA